CACAAUUGACGUACAGGCUGUAAUUAGUUAGAGAUGUACUUUAAAAUAAAAUAUUUUCCGUGUUGAUUUCAAUGCCCAGUUGCAUUUUUUUUUGAUCAUGUAUACCGAGUUUCCGAUUUCCUCGGGAACCAGAACACACCAUUAUCAUUUGGCAGCGUUGUGACAGCGACGUGAUGUUUACGUGAUCAUAAGUGAUAUUAAAAUUCGUCAUUGCGGUUGUUGUUGUUUUUUAUAUAUGUAAAAUUUCCAAUUAGAUGAAUAAUUACAUCGAUUUGUGGCUGUGAAUUUUCGCUGUGUUUUGACACAUUUUUGGCGUCGUUUUGAGUGAAUCGUUGACUCGUGUAAACAAGUCAGUCUGUUUACACGAGUCCAAAUCUGCCAAUGCUUCAAGUUUUGUUUUGUUAUGAAUCAAAAUGGAUUCAUGUAAAGUUGUCCACAGAAGGAAAGCCGAUCUAGCUGUUGUCCGGCCGAGAACACCAGACCAUGUCGAGCAGGUCUGUCCGAGAAGUCUCAACCUUGCCAAAGUGAUUAGUUUGCUUGAAGAUCCCCUGACGACUCAUAUGCAGGAGCGGCACAUUUUUGUGCUGAAGAAGCUGCUCAAGAGGAAACAACAGGGCUUUCUGCUGAGAGAGGUGGCGAGCAUCUCGAGGAUCCUCAAAGUCUGCGGCGAAAAGGCUGACAAGCAACCGGAAUAUUGCGGCAUUUUGUGUGAAGCUCUGAACAUUUGCAGGCUUCCUUUCCUGAAGGAAAAAGUUUCGGAUGAGCUCAACUACGCUGAAGAUGUCAAGCAGUUUCUCUCUCGCAUAGGCUACCUGAUGAGGGUGUCAGACGGUGAGGUGCGGCGUCAGGUAGUGGAGACGGUCAAGUCUUACUACAGCUGUUCGGCUCCCAGCAAACCACCGCUCGACGGUACGAUCCGGCUCGCUAAGCCAUCGUGUCAAAGUCUCCGCUACCUACACCAGCUUCUGCUAAAGCCUCAACCGACGUCCCCCGGCUACAGACUUCAGCUUCUGGAGCGCAGCGAUCUGGCCAAGACGCUGUUCCUGUCCUUAGCGGCGCUGGAGAAGCAGCCCGCCAUCAAGCUGUUGCUCCUGCAAACACUUCAGAUGCUCUCCAGCACAUCUGAUAUGAACUGCACUUUAAUGCUCAGUGUGCGAGGGGCCGAGAGCAUCUGUCUCCGCAUGAAUGAGCCAGACCCAUCCGGACUGAUCCUGUUUCACUCUUCGGAAAUUCUCUGGAACCUUCUGGAGAGUGGCAACAAGGCUACAGUGGCCGCCCAGCUCAGCAGCGUGGAAUGUGCCAUAUCUUUAAAAGAAGCCUUUAACCACGCCCUGCUGAACACUUCCCGACACAUUGACCUCCAAGUCCGCAACGAUCUGCUGGUUCUCACCACCCUCUUUGCUGAGAACUCCUGCGCUCUGCUCAUUGAGAGCUUAUUCGCCAACCAGCUUGUUGCCCUCAGCACAUUUCCCGAGCUGAAGAGUCACCAUAAUUUGGUGGACAAGCUGAAGCUGACGUACAACAUGGAAGACCUGCAAAUGAAGAAGCUGCUCUUAAAUCUGCUGGUUGUGAUGUCAAGAGAUCCUGCAACCAUCCCGAUCUUCAAAGAGGAACAGGUAAUACUGGCUCUGCUGACCCUGGCCAAGCCGCCCGCCAUUCCCACCGAGGUGAAGCCGGGGUCUCGUGACUGGUCGCCCAUCCAGCUGGAAGAGCUCCAGCUGCAGGCUCUAGCAGUCCUCGCUACCGUAGCCCCGCUGAUACUGGACCACUACAUGUCCUGCUAUGGCAAUGUGGCCCUGCUGCACCUGCUGGACUGGUGCGUCAGGCAAGACGGCUACUGUGGACAAGGUCACAGCUUCCACGCCACCGGCGGCCGAGGGAGCAAAAAGGCUCACAUGCGUUACUGCAUCAGACUGAUGAGAUCAGUCACCUCCCUGGAUGACAAGACCCUCAACCAGGACCUGUGCGACCAGGGGACAAUACACAUGCUUCUAGGGCUUCUAAUGCAGAUGGAGUCGACUGCCAGCGAUGAGGAUGCGGUUACUGUGGAGAUGAAGUCAGACAUGCAGGUCAUCCUCUCAGCUCUGUGUGAGAGUGAUAUGCACAGAAAGGAGCUAUUUGGGACAGAGGGCGUGGAGAUGACGGUCCACUACCUGAGGAGAGGCACCAGCAUGUUCUACAGUGGCCUAGGACACAACAAGCUUCUCCUGUCAACCUUGGCGUGCGUGCGCACCUGCAUUGUGGGCUGCUACACGACAGAGGAUUGCUUCCUUACCCGAGAUGGCGUGCUGGUUUUACUGGACCUACUCAGUUCGAGUCCCAAGUGCAUUCACGGCGUGAUCCUGGCCACUCUUUUGGAGCUGUGUGACAACCUGAGCACAAUUCCUCACAUCCUGAGCUGGAGCGACAGCGAUGGCUGGACGGCUCCGAGUCUCCUGCUGCAAGUGUGGCGGCGGGAGGAAGAGGAGCUGGGAGUCAGCCGGAACCAACACGGCGGGAUCGCAGAUCCAAAGGAGCCUGUCCUGGCACGUCGUAAGGUGGAUGACGCAGCGCUGAUGUCGACUCGGGACACGGCGAGCGCCGCCGUAUUAGAGAUGCAAGAGAACCUGAUAGCCAAGAUUUAUUUGAUCUUCUGCAGAAUUGGUUUCGAGGAUCUUCCAGGAUUGUCCGUAAAAGACAGAGUGACCUUGAGUAUCGUCAAAAGGUACCUUGAUUUCAAGGUGAGUGAGGUGUGGGACGAGAUCAGCCAUGAGCUGAUCCGGGAGGGCAUCCGCCCCGUCACACCGGACGAAGAGACCCUGCGUUCUGCCCAGCAGAUGUCGCAGCGCAUAGCCGAGGCAGUGGUGGCCGAGCAGGAGGAAGUCUUGCGGCAACAUGUCGAGGAGGCCAACAGGGAAGAACAACUUAUGUAUGAAGAGAUGAAGUCUCACUGGAGGCAACGUCAGCUCACAGCCAAGUCAUGGUGCAAUUAUGUCUCUAAGACGUCCAACUAUGACAUCCUCAAGGGAAUCAAAGAAAAGAGGGAGAAGCACAUUGAGUCCAUAAGGACAGAAACAGCGCAAGAGGACGUGGGACAGCACCACGAAGAGGUUUUUAUCGGGAAGCUGAUAGUGGACCCGGAUAGCGACACCCGUGGCGGCGUGAACCUCAAGGUGGUCCAAACUCCCGUGAUGGCGGCAGCACACGAGGAAGCCUUGCUCGCCUCACGGGAGCAGCAGUACUUCAAGACGGUCCAUGGCAAAAAUUGAUCACGACCAUGUUAUUCACAUGCAGUAGAGACUGAGCUCAUUUUAUCAAUGUGCAUCAAUUUAAAAUUGACCUCCUAAUCAGCAUUUAUCUACCUAUUCAAAACAAUCUCACUGGUCAGCGUUGCAAAAAUUCCUACUUUUUGAAGAAUUACAAAAGAGUUUCCAUGACAAAAUUGCUAAAUGAAUAAAGAAAUGCUGCAAAGUCGCCUGAAAUUCAGCAUCAGGAUUCAAAUGAAGGAAGUAGGACCUGUUGGGGGGGGGGAGUAGGCCUUUCUCUUCCUCCGCAUAUUCGUUAGUUUCGGAUGAUGAAGAUGUUGGUUAUCCAAAUACAGGCUGGAGAUGAUGAACAGUACCUUCGAAGGCUUUAUUUUUCUUUUCUGCAGUUUAUCACAAUACGAAUCGAUAAAGUUUCUGGGAGUUUCAGAUUUCAUCAGGGAGCCCAGGAAAAAUACAGUCUCACGUUUAUAUGGGUAUAAUAUGUUAAUGAGAGGCGGGAAAUUCUGCCCCUUAUGUAAAAAUCUGAAACAAAGAAAGGUUGAUGCAAUUCCAUUUUGACGUGAUGAGAAAACCCAAAGCUCUCCUGCGCUGCAUAAAUCUCGAGAUAAGAGUUCCUGUUCAGGGCAACUUGACGGCCCUGAAGGACUCUCCCGAGGUGACGGACGUAAAAGAAGACACUUGGGGGCUGUUAAUCAUUCAAGGGGAAGAAGAUAUAAACUUAACACUAUAAACUUAACACUACAUCCUUUGUUUUAAGAGUUUAAACAGAUGUUCAGGUGAGAGACUGGUACCAAUAGUACUCAUAGUAAGGCUAAAUUCCUUAAUACACCUACCAUGGCCCUAUCUAUCGCAUUAAAGCGGCUGUAUGUCACAAAGUGUCAUGAUUCUGCUUGUGACCAACAGGCGGCACUGUAGGAUUCUCCCUGCAGCUGCACACCUGUUGGUCAUUAUGUAAUUUGUGCUUUAGAAGGACUCCCAGCCCGAGCACUCAUUGUCGGGUCAUUGUUGCUGUUGGCUACUGUCAUGUUUGUUUAUUGCUGCCAUGUUGUCCACGUUUGUCAUGUUUUUCGUCAGGUUUUCUGUUAUUGAUAGUGUUUUGCUUAAGUCAUGGGUUUUGUUUCGUACUUUGGAUUUGUUUCGUUAUUAGGACUAUGUUUUGGAUUUAGUUUUCUGUGUUUUAUUAAUACACUUCUUCAAAUACACCUUGCUCCUCCCGCUUACCUGGUUUUUGGGGUCCACCACCAACUUGCAACGUGACACAAAGUCAGACUAAAAAGAUGAACAAACCAACUUUAGUUCUCCAAUUGAGAUACGAGUACAACUAAUGGUAUAGAAGCUCCCUCUAGAUGUACACAACAAAUCCCGACAUUGAAUGAAAAUUUAAUACAACUAAAACAAUGAAGAAGGAACCUUGUCGCAUUGUGAUUAUUAAACCCACAGGUCAUAUCCCAAAAGUCAGGCUCCAUUUAUUUGUUCCAUCACACUCCAAGCUGCCCUCAUUCUCAAUAAAAAUGUCCAAAAGCCUCCAUAGUGCAGCAUUGUCACCACUUUGAUGCUCUCGGGGUGCCAUUAGGACACUUGUUGUGGGGCUUUCAAGGGAAAUGGGAAUGGCGCCGGCUUACAUAAGUCACCGCAGUGCAUUAACACAAAUGUUCCUUCAAGCAUGCAUCCAUGCAAGACAAGACGGGUCGCAGUAUAAAAGCCUCCUUCAGGCUGCAGCCACUUUUUGACGGUCCGGGGGCGAGCUCGCAGACUGUUUGGAUCUACCGUGGAGGUUCUACAACUGGCUAGAAGGAAGGUGUGCAGCAGUGGGAAUGAUCAUCAGACUGGGAAGACUGACCCCAGGUUACUUCCGCCUCCUACAGCGGCAGGUGUCUGGCGAGGCUCGCAUGCAGCCUCCAAGAAACCUGCUCAACCCCUUGGCUGCAACCAUGGCGGCGACCGGCUCCUGCGUGAGUCUCUACAGCACCGUACAGAUGGUGGCCAGGAUGCAGGUGGACCGGCACGGCGUCAUCUGAAGACCAGAUUGGAAACAUGGACGAGUGUGAGAGAAAGUCAAAAGUGUUUGCGAAGAUGAAGGGUGUCGGAGGAUCAGGGCAAUGGCACCUGAUUUAAUUGGCACCGGUUUAUUGCAGGGAUACACUCCUUCUCGGCCAUGGACUGAUAAACCGGGACUGUCUUCCUGGACAUCCUGGACUUAAAUUAACCUCAGAAGAGGAUAGUUCGAGCGUGGGUUUUUUUCCCUCUCCCUACCCAGCGUUUUCCUUUCUGAAGUCUGAUUGUAAUUUCCCCAUUGCGGGACAAAUAAAGGAUAUCUUAAAAUAAAUAAAUACAUAAAUAAAGGGAGUUACCCCCUCCUAGUUCUGAA